AUGACAGCCCUCCGGAGGAGAUACUUCCCGCCUCGCAUCAACAAGCUAGCCGCGCACCUGACCCUCUUCCACGCCUUGCCGGGCAGCAGACUGGAAUCCAACAUCCUGCCCGCGAUCCGAGAAGUGGCGUCUCGGACUUCGAAAUUCGAUGUCUAUGCGGACAACCCUUUCCGUCUGAAGCGCGGCGUGGCUGUGAACGUAGCGGCUCGCGCGGGUGGGAGCCAGGGCAAGCGGGUGCAUCAGAAGCUGCAGGAUGCUUGGAGGGGAGAGGGUUUUCUGAGUGAGCAGGAUGCCGGGGGCUGUCGGCUGCAUUAUACUUUGAUGAACAAAGUGGAUGAUGAAGUGGAAGUGGAUGAUGCUUUUCAAGAUCUGACAGCGAGCUUCAGAGGUGAUCGCGGCGUAGCGGAGGGGCUGGCUCUGUGGAGGUAUGAUCGUGGGUUUUGGAGAUGGGAAAGGAAGUUUGAGUUUACUGCCAUUUGA